UGAGUCACAUUUCAUAUCCAUUGAUCUUGUUUAAUCUCCGAAUUUUCUAUGUAUUUCAUGGACGUUUCUUUUAUUGUGAAAUCCCUUCUUAUUUCAGGAAAGUUUAUUUUAUUGUGAAAUCAAGUUUAUGGGUGUUACCGUAAUGCCUAGUGUAAACACGAGACUCAAAAUAGCGCGGGGGCUGGCUGGGCUGCAGACUGAGUCUACCGCUGCAUCUGGUCAACUGUGAAUACUGACAACACACGGUGGACUGCGAUGAGGCUGAUCUACUGCUGCAGUUCUUUGCUCCUGCUCCUUCUCAUUCCCAUAGUUUGUCAAGCUGGAAACAUCUUGGUUGUUCCCAUGGAAGGCAGCCACUGGUUAAACAUGGAUAUUCUACUUAAAGCUCUGCACUCAAGAGGACACAAUAUAACCAUCCUGCGUACUAGCAGAAGCUGGUACAUUCCAGACAACUCCUCUGAUUACAGCAUUGUCACAGUCCAAACGGAGAAGAGCUUGGAUCAGGAAUUCAUCACAAAUAUCGUAUCUAUGGGCAUUGAAUAUGAGAGGGGGACUAUUUCCUUACCAACUUUUCUUCACAUGCAUGUAGUUUUGUUUGGCCAAAUGAUUGAACUUCACGAAACAGUGGGUGAAUUUGUAUCGAAAACUAUAGAUGACCAAGAGUUGGUGAGAAACCUGAAAGACAGCAAGUUUGACCUGUUACUCACUGACCCCUGCUGGGGAGGUGGAGUCAUUUUGGCCAAAUAUUUGAAUCUUCCUUUGGUUUACAACGUUCGCUGGCUGGUAGUUGGAGAAGCUCAUCUUGCUAUUGCUCCUUCACCUAUAUCAUAUGUUCCCAUAACAGGAUCUGGCAACACUGAUAAAAUGAACAUUUUACAAAGAGUUAAAAACAUGGGCAUCUAUCUCUUAACCCAAACACAAUACCACUUGGUGGUUAAGCAAACUUACCAGAGGAUAUGUGACAAAUAUCUUGGGCCUGAUAUUGAAUAUCACCAGUUGGUGCUGAACGCAGACAUUUGGUUGAUGAGAACUGACUUUGUGUUUGAGUAUCCACGUCCAACUAUGCCUAAUGUUGUGUACAUGGGAGGGUUCCACUGUAGACCUGCAAAACCACUUCCUGAACACUUGGAGGAGUUUGUGCAGAGCUCUGGCGACCAUGGAGUCAUCAUCAUGUCUCUGGGGACUUUUGUGAGUCAACUUCCUGCUGACAUGACAAACGAAAUCGCUGCAGCUUUUGCCAAAUUACCUCAGAAAGUCAUCUGGAGGCAUAAAGGUGACAGACCAGCCACUCUGGGCAACAACACUUUACUAGUGGACUGGAUGCCACAGAAUGACCUCCUGGGACAUCCAAAGAUUAAACUGUUUGUGGCUCAUGGAGGAACCAAUGGAGUCCAAGAAGCUAUUUAUCAUGGAGUCCCAGUAGUGGGUCUACCUUUGUUCUUUGACCAGUACGACAACCUGCUCCGCCUGAAAGAGAGAGGAGGGGCUAAAAUUCUUACAUUAGCCACAGUGGACGAAGAGAACUUCCUGGAGAAUGUACAAGAAGUCCUGAAUGAGCCCUCCUACAGGAUGAACAUGCAGAGACUCUCCUGGCUGCACAGAGAUCAGCCAACAACACCACUGGAUAAAGCCCUCUUCUGGAUAGAGUUCGUCAUGAGGCACAAAGGUGCAGCUCAUCUGAGAACAGAAUCCUACAGACUGCCCUGGUAUUCCUACCACUCUGUAGAUGUAGUGUUGUUCCUGGUUGGAGCAGUGCUACUUGUGCUCUUAUUUAUUUUCAUCUUGAUGAGGUGUUUAUACGCGGCACUGUGUAAAUCUAAAGUGAAACGAGACUAAUUCAGGGGACUGAUAUCAGUGCAAAUGAUGACUUUGACAGCCAAACAAGGGUAGGAUUUGUACAGGCAGUUUGCAAUAUGCCUUUUCACUUAGUUUCAUAUUGAAGUAUGUGGUUUCAAUUUCUCAUAUAAUCAUGUAUUAACAUAUACUCUGUUUAAAUUGUGUUUCUGGUAUGUGGAAAAGACUGUUUACGAGAUGUAAUAAUUAGUUGAGCCUGGGGUAGAAAAGCAGAUGAGGGAAGUGUGGUUUAGAAGGGGUUAAUGAACAGCUGGUUUUAUUAGGGGUAGUAAGACAUUUGGGCAGGGAAGAAGGAUUCAGGGAGAUGAUGAGGCCAACAUUCUUGGUGACCUAGCCGCCUUGGCCUAUCUAUUUAAGAUGUCUUUUCUGUAUGAUCUGGGUAUUCAAACUUGUUAUAUUUGAAUGAUUAUUUGUUCAUUUCUCAAGGAAAACAAAGAUUUCCACCACACAGUAAAUUAGCUGUAUAACUAUUAUGAUCAUGACAAAGAUAGUACAAAUAAAAAAUUAGGGAAGAAUGUAAAUUUACUAAAAAACAAAACAAAUUCAUGCUUUGUAUAUAAAUGUGUGGGUUUUGGAGCCAUAUGUAUAUAUAUAUAUAUAUAUAUAUAUAUUUUUUUUUUUGUGAGUGUGACUGUGUGUGAGAUAAUUGUAUGUUGUUUUUUGUAUGUGCUCCUGUGAUGUUGUGCCACACCCUCUUCUGUAGCACACAUGUCACAGCCUGUUUUUUUUCAAAUGCAGAUAAUAGGGGCUGCAUUCCUGCAUUCAACAUGACUCAUCUGAGUGUGAUCAACAUGUUCUAAGAGGUAGAGUCAUGACCUCAAGUGUCUUUAAAUAUUCUUUGCUGCUUGUUAAUGCUCUUUUGUACUUUGCCAUUACUUCAAUUCUAAUAUAAAGUGUAAUGCAGGUAUGAGCAUGGUAAACACUUUUCCUAUGAAUUCAUGAGUUUUGCCCCAUUGCACCAUAAAGAGUAAAAGUCCCUGAAAGACACUUUCAGGAGAAAGGGUGUUCAAUGUCAUAAGUUGAGCAGAACUGUUGUCAGGAGUGAAGCAAAAAUUAAAAAUAAUGUCAUUUUCCAGCUCCACAUUCACACAAAUGUCACUCUUAGUUUCGCAUAGAUAACAACAUGUUGUCCUUUUUGAUUGCUAAAAGGUUUGUUCAUGUGUUAUUGAAAUUAUAGUUUGUGGUGCAAAUCUAAUGUUGUUCAAAGGAAAUUAAACUUGCAGUAUGAAUAAACGGAAACCUGUUUUUUUUUUAAACUUUUUUUUAUCUUAUUAGUAGCUGUGAUAAAGAAUGCCACACAGCAGUUGACAGAAUAUAGAGCACGGACUGCGCGAAAGCAAACCACAUACAAUAAGUUUCCUGUUGAUGACAUUGCAGUUCUGACAAGGAUCUCAUGUAACUGCCAUGAGGGUGGGACAAACGAAACCAGGAAGUGUUUUAUAGGAUCACCACUUUGACUGUUUUGAGGGAGUUGACAUUAGUGGAAAAAACUUUUUCACUGCAAGCUUUGGAAUUUAAAGACUGCUUUGGUUUCGGGGAAAAGGAUUGAACACAUUUAUGGUGAUAACAACACCUCGGCUCAGGGAGAUGAGGGUUUAACACGGAAUGACUGCAGAAAUCUUGGCAGUGAACAGCACUCUAAUUUCCUAAGAGGCGCCCAUUGUGCCAUGUCCUUGUGAGGGUAGGCAGAACGAGGUUUUGCAUACAAACAAAAAAAUCGCUGUCGCACUGAACAGGCUGCUCUGUCAUCCAUGUUUGUUUUUUUACAUUUCAGGAGUCACCGUUCUAGAAGAUUUGAAGAUGAUUCGGUCACUGACUCGCAUCAUGUCUCUUUUGGCUGUUAUUAUUCCUGCUGCCCACGGUG